AUGAAGGGGCGAUUCAUUGUGAACCCCUUUCAGGGACUCAGUCUGACUUCAAAUGACCGCGCCUCGCUCGAAGACCUGGCCAACCGAAGCAUCCUGACCAAUCUCGAGCUGUGCAUGAAGUACAUGUCGGGAUCAAAACGAAACGUGGACUCAUGCCACUGGAAACUGAUAAAGGAGAAAGAAAAGCUCAAGGUGUACAAGGAACGACCUGAGGGUGCGGCCGCUGCAGCAGCUUCUGGUAACGAAGCGACCGGGUUAGGACUUCCCAUGCUUCUGUGCGUUGGAAAAAUGGAGGGCAAACUGGAAGACCUUUUGUUCGGUGUCAUCAGUGAAGACCUCGAAACAAUGCGCGUCAAGGCUUCGUACGUUGGCGACAUCAGUGGAGCAGCUGUGCUUGAUUCCGUAGUCCUUCCGACACUGGAAGAACCAUUCCAGUCGCUGACAAUCAAGUGGAUGGAGCUCGAUAUUCCAUUGAGCUCGACGAGUUUGGUCAAGAAUCGUGAUUAUGUAUACCUUGAGGGCACAGGGUACGUCACUAACUCAAAAGGCGAGCGUAUGGGAUAUCAUCUUCUGCACUCGGUAGACUUUCCACAAGCUCACAGAUUACCGAACCGCGUUCGUGGCAACCUUUCCAUUAUCGGCUUCUGGCGCCAGAUCGGGACUAACACGAUGGAAAUGUAUGCUACCGGGGUAAUGGACCCUGUUGACGCAGGCCUCGUCCGCAAGCUCGUGGUACCGAACAUGGCCAACGUGUUUCUCUCCGCUCUAAAGUACGUCUACUGCGGACAGAUGAGGAAGCUUUCGUUCAUGCUUGAGAAAGCAUAUACGGAUUCCAAGUUGCAUGGCGCACCCAACAAAAAGAGCAUUUGUGUCACGUGCUCGUUGCCAAUCUCUGGCCGAAAGCUGGGAGAUUUUGGCAAGAGCAACAGCACGUGUAAGAUUUGCUUCGGGUUUGUGUGUCAUGCGUGCAAGACCGUCCGUAAGCUGAGCUUUGUUGACCCGGAUCUACUUUUGUCACAGCGCCGAGUAACUUUCUGCACGGUAUGCAUCAGCUUAGCUACAAUCAUGAGCGCUGUAGACUGUGCUCAUGCGCGGAUACUUAAACACGGUUCGGUGUAUCGCUCAAGUGUUGUUCGAACAAUGUCAUCCGAAGACAACAGCGAGGAAUAA